GCCCUAUUAAGAAGGUGAAGUCGAGCUGACACUGAAGUCAUGUCGAUCUUCAUUGACUUUGAUGAGGUUUAUGACAGUCUACCGAAUGAAACCAUCCAUGAUAACCACACAGUCUUUGUUGUGGACCCCAAAACUUUAUCCUGUGAAAUCCAGCCCCUGGGCACCACCCCAGCGGUGGUGUUGGGAGUUGUCAACAUAGCCAUCUUCUUAUUAGCAGUGCCAGGAAAUGUCUUGGUGGGCUGGGUGAUUGUGACCAGCCGCCAGGCACUGACCACCUCCGACGUUUACCUGUUCCAUUUGACGAUAGCCGACGGCCUGAUGGCUUUGACCAUUCCAUUCUGGGCUUCGGCGGUUAUCCAGGGUUGGCUUUUUGGAGACUUCAUGUGUAAGAUCAUCAGCCUUAUAUUCGAGGCAAACUUCUACACCAGCAUCCUCUUCCUGGCCUGCAUCAGCAUUGAGCGCUAUCUUGUUAUAGUGCGCUCGAGUGACCCUCUCAAGAGGCAGCAGAGGAUGUGCAGCAGGCUCUUAUGUGCCGCAGUGUGGGCCCUCGGCUGGGCCCUUGCUCUGCCAGCUCUCUUUCAUGAUGCCAUCAAGUUAGGCCCCGAUUCGGACACGAUCAUCUGCUCGGAGACCUUUGACAUUGGCAGCUCGUCGUCAUGGAGGUUUGCCACUCGUGGCUUUCGCCACAUUUUCGGCUUCUUGCUUCCUCUGGUUGUCAUGGUGACCUGCUACAGCAUCACGAUCGCGAGGCUGCUGAGGACGCGUGGAUUCCAAAAGCACCGGGCGAUGCGAGUGAUCAUCGCUGUGGUCAUUGCGUUUCUCCUCUGCUGGACUCCAUACCAUUUCACCUUAAUGGUGGACACACUCAUGAGAGGAGACCUGGUCACCUUUGACUGUGCCAUGAGGAGAUCCGUCAACAAGGCCAUUGUUAUCACAAACAGUUUGGCUCUGCUGCACAGCUGCAUCAACCCUGUCCUUUACGCCUUUGUGGGAGAGAAGUUUAAGAGCAGGAUGAAGUUGCUUGUUCAAAGGAAAGUCAGACAGGCUCAAGGUUCAAGCUCAAGCUCAAGGUUCAGCAGGUCUACAUCGCAGUCAUCACUGGGCCAAGGAGCCAUACUGUGAAACCUUGUCGGUGAAAAGUGAAAAAUGGAAAACUUUCACUCCGUUUGUCAAUCUAUACCUGAUAUGAGAGUGAAAAUGUUUAGUUCACCUAAUCCAAAGAUCUAUCAAGUCAGACUCCUCCUCACUGCCGAGGUCUGAAACGACAUACAACUGGGAGAAUAAAGCUGUGGACAGCGGAGUUGGGCAGUGGACUAAAGAUGGAUUGACAAAACUUGUUAGCUGUUGACUGAUGCUGGGAACAUUGUCAGUCAUCACAACCAGAACUAAAUGCAAUGUGCGCA